UUGCAUCAAUACUUGGCGGCGGUCAGACUACUGGGCAAUCAGCACAAGGAUCCGCCACCCCGGUCAAUUCCGGUAACGUAAAUCCAUCUGCGCAGACUUCCAUGACCAACGAAAACGCUGGACAGACAAAUGGUGGUGGUGUACAGACCUCCGCUGGCAACGGCAACUCUCAGCCGAGUGACAACGCGCUUUCCGUGCUCUCGGCAGCUUUGGGCAGUACAACUUCUGACCUUCCAGGUUUUGGCGCUUCUGGCUCUGGCAACUCCGCCCCAAGCAAUCCUGGUCCUGGCAACUCCGGCUCCGGCAACUCUGCAUCCGGCGGUGCGGGAUUCGGCGGCUCGAACGGGGUGACCACAGUCGCAUCUGUCGGAUCGGUGGGGUUCACAUUGUCGCAGACUACCGACACACGAGGAUCCACCCAGGCUGUUGUUAUUGGCGGAGGUACCACAGCAACCCUUGCACUUGGUCAGAGCACUACACUGGCUGGACAAGCCAUCAGCGUCGCAUCCUCGGGAGGUGGGGCUGUUAUCGGCAGCGGCGCAGGCGCAACAAGCAUAUCGCCAAAUAGCCCGGCUCCUGGCAGCUCGAACAACGGCGAACAAGGUACUACUGUCGUCAGUGUUGGCACGGCUACACUCACAAUAGCUCCGGCAUUGCAGAGUGGCAGCACAGCCGGUGUGAUUGUCGCGCAAGGGAGCAGUACGGCGACUGUACAGCCAGGACAGGCGGUAACAAUAGGAGGUCAAAUCGUCAGCGCUCAAUCGGGCGGAGGGGCCAUUAUCGGUAGCAGCGACAGUGCUACAAUUGUCAUACCAGCCGACUCCGGAUCAGGCGGUUCAGGUAACGGAAAUUCAGGGUCCACGGUCGUUGGCUCAAUUACUAUUGGACAAGCCUCUCCAGCUUCACUUGGCAGUCCAUCAGCUAUUCUGGCAGCAGCGGCUGGGUCCACAGUUACUCUCCAGCCUGGACAGGCCACAGUACUCGCUGGCCAGACCGUGAGCGCACCGGCGAGCGGCGGCGCGGUCAUAGCAAGCGGUGCAGACUCAAAGACUGUCUCUCCUAAUGAUAUAGGCUCCCCGAGUGGUGGCACCGGCAGCUCCGGAAGUGGAAGCUCAGUCUUCACUGUAGGCUCCUCGGUAUACACAGUGGCCAGCGCUAGCUCAGCCAUAGUCAUAGACCAGAGUGGCACAACUGUUACCCUCACACCAGGACAGACAACAGUACUGAACGGCCAGGCUAUCUCAGCUGCUACCAUUGGCGGAGGUGUUGUUGUCGGAACAGGGAGUAGCGCAGCCACUGUUACGCCUGGAUCAAACACUUAUGCUGGAUCCGCAGGCUCUGUGGUCACGGUUGGCUCGUCAGUCUUCACAGCAGUUCAGUCGCAGAUCUCAGGCAGCUCAGUUGUCAUUGUGGCAGAGGGAGGCCAGAUCGCAACGCUCACUGCGGGACAGAAGACUUCCAUAGGCGGUCAAGUGGUCUCUGCAGGUUCCACGGGCGGCGUCAUAAUCGGGACUGGCAGCCAGGCCACGAGUAUUGCUGCAGCCGGUCCGGGCGCUCCGGCGGGCAACGUUAUCGGCAUCUCGGACCCUACGCUUGUGAUUGCAGGACAUACAUUGACUGCAAGCGCUGACCCGGGCAAUCCCAGCGUCGCCAUUGUUGACGGUACUCCGGUGACUCUCGGAGGCGCUGCGCAGACCAUAAAUUCCGUCGUUGUCUCGCUCGCUUCCUCUGGGCUGAUCGCUGGAGGCAGUCUGAUUGUCCCCGCAGCAACACCGACUGCACUUGGGACCAUCACCACAAAUGGACAGACACUGACUAUAGAAAAGCUCAACGGACAGACUGCGGUCAUUGACGGAUCCUCGACAGCGACAUUACCGAGCGAUGGCAUUGCUACAGUGUCAGGAGUUACUUUGAGCGUCGGAAGCAAUGCUGGAUCUAAUUUUCUCGUCGUGGAUGGCUCCCAGACUGUACCGAUCCCAACGGCUUCACACAAUGAGGCAGUAUUUACGAUCGGCGGUUCGACAAUAACCGCAAUCCAACCUCAAGCGUCAAGCUACGUCAUCGUAAACGGGACCACGCUGUCUCCUGGAGGCAGCGCAAUCACGAUAUCGGGAACGGUCUUGAGUGACGGACAAGGCGGGCUUAUCGUGGGAUCGAAAACGAUACAAUUGACACCCAUUCCGUCAGCCUCUGCUUCGGAAGCUGUUGUUAAGCUUGGAAGUCGAACCUUGACCGCCGUCGCUCCCUCGGGAGCGUCAUUCCUCCUUUUCGAUGGCACAACGCUUUCUGUGGGGGGUCAGGCCAUCACCAUCGACGGGACCGUCGUCAGUGACGCGUCAGGUGGUCUGGUGGUUGGCUCAAGCACGGUGUCUUUGUCAGGGAUACCGUCCUCGACUGGUGUGUCUACGACGGCAGCACCAAGCUCAUCCGCCUCUGCCUCACAGGCUAGAACAACUAGCAGCACAAGGUCAGCUGCUUCUGCGUUACAUCUGCAUUCAAGCGCAGCGUUGUACAUAGCAUUACUUGCCAGCACACUGCUGCUUUGUUGUGCUUAGCCAGAGGAUAUAAUAUGCAUAAUGACAGGUUCGAGAUUUCUCAGCGCUAUCCUGA